AUGUCGUCGACCGAGCGAAAACUGCGCAGCCUCAAAGCCCGUCGGCGCAGUUUAUCGGCAUCAUUCAGCAACAUCUAUAAAUUCGUCGAGAAUUUCCUAGAGCCCCGAGACAUCGCAGAAGCACCAGUCCGACUUGAAGCUGUCGUCGAAAUCUGGUCCGAAUAUGCUAAGGUCCAGUCAGAACUGGAAACACUCGACGAAUCACCUGAAGCACUGGAUAACUACGUUCAGACACUUUUUGAUUUUCCGAUUCUGCGACGAGAAUCGGCUACGGAACUGCACACAUUGGUUGAACAGUUCGACGCAAACGUCAGGAUAUUAAAACAGCUGGGUGAAUCAACAGAACACUGGGACAUUCUUUUGAUUCAUCUUCUUUCGACCCGCUUAGAUCCCAGCACCCGGCGAGAUUGGGAAGAACAUUCAUCUGCCAUAGAAACCACAACGUUCCAAGAACUUACCUCCUUCAUCCAGCGCAGAGUAGCUGUCUUAGAACAGCUAACAUCCAACACACACACUGAAUCCCAAUCCCAAUUCCAAAAUCGCCACAAUAAUGCACACUCCGGAAGCUACGCUGCAUUCCAACAACCCAGAACCAUAAAAUGUGUCGUUUGUUCACAAGGCCAUAAUAUAUAUCAAUGCCCCACUUUCACCAAACUAUCCGUUCAGCAAAGAAUCGCACUUACAACACGAAACCGAUUGUGCCUCAAUUGCUUACGAAGAGGCCACCGCGCGCGCGAAUGCCGAUCGAUUAACUGCUGCAAGAACUGUAGGUCAACACAUCACACGCUUCUAUGCUCUGCCAAUUCUACACAUACCACUCCAAAAGUAAUCCACUCUGUUAGCAACCCACCACCAAUCAACAUACAACAGUCACCGUCCCCAGCUCCAAUUCCAGCUCCGAGAAGCAAUGCAGCAUACACGAAGAUCACCAGCUUUAACUCACACAUCUCCGAUCGGCCCCGAGUGCUUCUAGCCACGGCUGUGGUCGUUGUUGUUGACGACACGGGGAAAGAACACUUGGCUCGAGCCCUGCUGGAUUCAGGCAGCGAGUGUUGUUUUGCCUCCAAUCGCUUGUACAAGCUCAUGCAGGCCAAACGUACCGAGGUUGACGUACCAAUAGCUGGGAUUGGAAACUCGUCUACAAACGCCAAUUUCCAAUUUCAAGGCGUAAUCAAAUCACGGACCUCAGAUUUUACUACAACUGUGCCUUUGCUCAUGUUACCCAAAGUUACUAUUGAUUUGCCGACGGUGAAUAUAAAUAUUUCCCAAUGGUCAAUUCCAGAAAACUUACAGUUAGCUGAUCCAGCGUUUCAUAGAAGCCAACCCAUUGAUCUCGUGCUGGGAGCCGAGAUAUUUUUUAAUCUAUUUACAACCCCCGGUCACAUUUAUUUGGGUGACACACAGCCUUCCCUAAUUAACUCAGUUUUCGGAUGGGUCGUCUCGGGCAAAACACAUUCUCCAAACGCUUGCGCAUCAACAUUCUCCCCCAUUGCAUGUAACGUUGCUACAACGAAAACAUUAGAAGAUCGCAACAGCUUGCGUUGCUUGCUGAAGGAUGACGUCAUCAAUCAGCUGUUUUGA